AUGACGUCAAAGAUGAAAAGUGAGAAAACGGACAAAUCCGAAAAGGCUCUGGCGGCGGAGAAAGAACAAUUCGUCAAACAACAGCUCCAGAGCAUUGGAAAGUGCAUGACCCCCACUGAAGCCCCAAUCAAAGAGAAAUAUGCGCGCACUAUCCUGUUAGGAACACACAAGGAAGGCGGCGCCGUCACGUUCUGGUCGCACGCCGUGAGUCUGCCCCUCGCCAGCAGCGCCAUCGUCAGCUGGAAGUUCUGUCACCUGUUGCACAAAGUGCUCCGGGAUGGCCACCCCAACAGCGCGCGAGACAGUCGCGGACACUGCCCCAAUAUUAAGCAAAUGGGAACUUUAUGGGGAACUCUCCAUGACCGAUACGGGCAUAUUGUUGCCCUGUAUGCAAAGUACCUGUGCAUCAAAAUAGAGUUCCACUGUAAGCACAAGGAGAUUUCCCCAAAUCUUGAAACUCCAGAUGAAGUCUUGGAAAAGGCUAUUGCAGUUGAUAUCAAUAAUGUGUUUGAAACAACUGACGAGGUGCUUGACUACAUGGAAGCAGCCCUAAGGCUACAAGAAACAGUCUUCAGGCAACUUGAGUCCAACUCCACAAGCUCAGCCACUCCGGUGGGUCAGUGCCGCCUAUCUCCCUUGGUCCCGGUAAUUCAGGACUGCGGCCCUCUGUAUCACUUCCUGGUCAAACUGCUCUUCAAACUACACAGUCGAAUACCUGUGGAUGCUCUGUUAGGGCACCGGGAGCGAUUUAGAGAUCAGUUCAACAGUCUAACCCAGUUCUUUGAGAAAUCCAGAAGCAUCGAGUUCUUUAAGACUCUCAUCCAGAUUCCUGAUCUUCCAGAUUCUCCUCCUAAUUUCCUGCGUGCGGCUUCACUCGCUGACCAUGUGAAGCCAGUGGUGGUUCAGAACCUGGAACAACUGGAAGAUGAUGACACUGAGACCCAAGUGGAUUUUGGUGAAGGCUUGGGAUACCAAAUGUCUCUUGCAUACAACCAGUAUGACCCUUCAGGUGAUGUAUCGGUGCAAAGGGAUACUGAAGUGGUGUCGUUGAGGAAAGAACUUGAAGCAGUGAAACCUGAACUUCAUAUAUUCAAAGCAGAGGCCCAGCGCGCUGUUGUCCAUCUGAAGGAGCAGGUGAAUAAGCUGGAGGCGGAGCUUGAGGAUCAGCGCACCCAAAAGCAGAUGGCCAUGGUGGAGAACGAGUGCCUCCGCAUGGAGGUGGAGACGCUCAGGACCCAGAACGCGGUCACUGCCAGCAUCCAGGCCUCCGCCAAAGACGCUGGCAGCCGGGCUCAAACCGUACAGGUCCAGUUCUCUCGGCUUAAAGAGAAGCACGCCGAGCUGGUCAGCAGACACGCAGACCUCAUGCGGAAGAAUGCCGACGCUGUGAAGCAGCUGGCCAGCACUCAGCAGGCGCAGGAGGAAGUCGUGAGGGCCAAAGAGCAGAUGGCGGUGGAACUGGAGCAGCUCAAACAGGAGAAGAGCGUGAAGCUCGAAGCCCACAAGGCAGAAAUCGUCAAACUGAAACAAGAGCUGCAAACUGGGAAAGCUGAAAUAACGCAAGUUCAGAGUGCUCUUCAGAGCAAAGAAAAGACGGGAGACCAGCUGAGCAGUGUGCUCGUGGGGCUGCAGGCGGAGAAGGAGGCACUACUGCGCUCCGUGCGGGAGCAGGAGGCCGAGCUCAGCAGCCUGAGGCAGUCGGCCCAUCAACACCAGGCCACCCUGCUGCAGGAGAGGGAGAAGACCCAGAAGGAGAUGGGAGCCCUGCAGAUCCAGCUGCAGGAGAAAGUGAGCCGGGAGGAGGAGCAGCGUUUGGAGCUGGACAAACUACGGCGAGAGCUGGAGUUGAAGAGAACCGAGGCGCUGAGUGCCCAGGCUGCCCUGCAGAGCAAAGAGGCGACAGGAGACCAGCUGAGCAGUGUGCUCGUGGGGCUGCAGGCGGAGAAGGAGGCGCUACUGCGCUCCAUGCGGGAGCAGGAGGCCGAGCUCAGCAGCCUGAGGCAGUCGGCCCAUCAACACCAGGCGACCCUGCUGCAGGAGAGGGAGAAGACCCAGAGGGAGAUGGGAGCCCUGCAGAUCCAGCUGCAGCAAGUGCUGCAGCACAAACAGGAGCAGCAGACAGAGAUCAGUCGGCUUCAACGAGAGCUGCAGGUGCUGAAGGACCAGACCGCUCUGCACAGCAGGAACACGGCAGGAGAUGAGAUGAGCAGUGUGCUCGUGGGGCUGCAGGCGGAGAAGGAGGCGCUACUGCGCUCCAUGCGGGAGCAGGAGGCCGAGCUCAGCAGCCUGAGGCAGUCGGCCCAUCAACACCAGGCGACCCUGCUGCAGGAGAGGGAGAAGACCCAGAGGGAGAUGGGAGCCCUGCAGAUCCAGCUGCAGGCCAAGUCGAGUCAGGAGUAUUUGCUGCAACAGAAGCUGCAGGAAGAGCAGUUCUGCCUGCUUCAGUGUGCCGUGGUGGAGGCCGAGGGCAUCAUACUGGAUGCCGUGGCCAAAGUCGACGACCCCAUGCACGUCUGCUGCGUUUGCACGCCAGAGUACCUGAUCAAUCGGGCGGAGACCACCCUGGUCUCCAUUGACAAGAUGCAGCAGAAUCAUGCUGUGUACCUGAGCAACAUGGAGGACGCCAGCGGGUUGCUGAGGGCAGUGACCCAGUUCUCCCACCUUGCGGCAGACACUAUAGUUAACGGAGCUGCCACUGCACACGCUGUGCCCACUGACCAAGCUGACCGGCUGACGGACAGCUGCCGAGACUGCGCCACCCACUGCCUGCAGUUCCUCAGGGAGCUGAAGCUGAAGGCCACGCUGCCUAAAGCCGACCCCACUGCCAUCCGCUACGUCAUCCAGCGCAUUCUCAGCCAGGGCCAAAACCUGAGACACACAGACCAAGAUGCUCAGAAGGCAGAACUGGCUGACCUGGUGGACAUGGAGAUGACUGCCACCUCCACUGCGAUUGAGGACGCUGUGCUGAGGAUGGAUGAAAUACUAAACCAAGCAAAAAGAGAUACAUCUGGAAUAAAACUGGAAGUUAAUCAAAGCAUUAUUGGUUCCUGCUCUGAUCUGAUGAAAGCUAUACACAUGCUGAUAACCGCCGCCACGGACCUGCAGAAGGAUGUUGUGGAGAGCGGUCGGGGAGCUGGAUCGGCAAAAGACUUCUAUGCCAAGAAUUCCUGCUGGACCGAGGGGCUCAUCUCGGCCUCCAAGGCUGUCGGAUGGGGUGCCUCAAGGAUGGUUGAGUCUGCAGACAAAGUAGUGACAGACCAAGGCAAAUAUGAAGAGCUGAUAGUUUGCUCCCACGAGAUUGCUGCCAGCACCGCCCAGCUAGUGGCUGCGUCUAAGGUAAAGGCUGACCGAGGCAACAAGAAGCUUCACACUCUACAGCAGGCCUCCCGGCACGUGAAUGACAUGGCCGCGGUCGUCGUGACAUCGACAAAAACAGGACAGAUGCAGAUUGAGUACAAGGACCCGCUGGAUUUCUCAGGCAUUUCCCUGAUCAAGCUGAAGACCGAGGAAAUGGAUUCUCAGGUAAGGGUGCUCGAGCUGGAGUCUCAGCUGUGUCAGGAGCGUCAGAGGCUUGGGGAGCUGAGGAAGAGGCACUAUGAGCUGGCUGGGCUGUCCCCCGAUCAGCCUGAAGAGGGGGACUUUAGUGGCUUCGUCAGCGUCUUGCCUCCGGUCGUGCCUGAUCCUCCGCUGCCCGAACUGCAGACACCAGAGCCCCCUCAAGCCACACCCCUUAAAGUCACACCCUCUAAAGCCACACCCCAUAAAGUCCCAUCUAAAAAGCCUUCCAUCUUUCAGAAAUCCGGCACCCUGCUUAAGAGUGCGGUAACGUUAUAUCUCGUUAUACAGCGCUGCUAUUGCUUUCACAAUUUGAUGGUGGUGUGCCUUUAUUUUGAAAUUUGCUAUUCUUUUUUUUUUUUACUCUUUUAGUUUAGGUGAAGCCCUUUGAGGAGGAUUGAACAGGACACUGCCUGCAUAUCUUCAACAUCAUGUUUUUAUUAUUGGUAUCAUUCCUGUCAGUCAUGUUUUAUUACACCUUUUAAUGAGAAUGAAGAAAACGACCCUUUGAGAGAUUUAAGGCAUUCCGUGCUAGAUAUUUUCUCUUCAUUUCUGAUAUUUUAAUUUUUAUAAACCUCUGUAAUUAAUACAUUGGUAUGUGAUGCAUUUAGUGUUUUUGACGAUAAUGUUUAGUUAUUAUCUACUCCAUUGUUAUUACAUCACGGGAACAUCACUUUUCUUCUAUUACUAAAAUAAAUUACAUUUUCUCCAAACAGAGCUUUUUUGUGUUUUUCCAUAAUAUGUCGGAAAGUAAAAAAUGUAUUUGAUGUGCCUCAUAAGUUACAAAAAUUAUG